AUGGUAGUUUGCAUAUUUUACAAACCGAAGGAUGGUGAUGAGUCAAGUUGUUCUGAUCCAGAAAAACAGAAAGAAGCUCGCCAGCCAGUCAGGGUGAUAAAGAAAACUAGAGUAGCAAAAGAGUAUAGGGACAAGGAUUCUCGUGGGAGAGACAAGCCAGGCAGAUUGAUACCGUCGCUCAUCGUCAUGUUUGUCUUUUUAAACGUUUACAUCAUAAUUCACCAGAUAGAUGUAAAUUCAAGGCACUUUGCAGUGGCGUUCAACAUCCCACCGCACAAUAUCGGAAUAUAUCUGGAUAAGCUCUCGAGCGUCAGGGUUGUCCUCAUGUCAGUUGGGUCUUUGGUCGAAUAUAUCAUCUAUUUGGCCAGUGGCUCCAACAAGUACGGUCGAAAGGUUUUCAGUUGCAUCUCGAUCCUCCUGAUAACGCUGACUAGAAUCGGAUACGUUUUCGUCCUUUACAGAUGUAAGAAAACAUCACUCCGAGCCUACCAGACUUUAAACCUGGAAGCGUUUUUCCACGGGCUAUUUCAGAUGGCCUUCUUCUCACUGGUGCCUGAGUACUCAACGUCAACCAACCUGUCAGUGUUCGCGUCGGGAAUGUUUGUGUUUCUAUCGCAGAAGAUCAUCGACUUCUUCCUCUUCAACAAUCCCAUGUUGAACGUGAAGGUCAUGGCAAUACUAACCUCAAUAAUCACCACAAUGGGAUUGUUGCUGUGGUACCUCUUUCUGUUCAGUUUUAAAUAUGUGAGCACAGACGAGACCGACAAACAACCGGCAGACGAACUGGCAAAUUCACAAACCCAAGGUCAACAAUCAUCCUCAUCACUUCAGGCUACCCCAACACAAGAUAACGGGGUUAGCAACAUAGGAUUUUGGGGUCACCUAGGAAGGGCAUUCUCACCAUUCAUGAUGUUCGUGGUCGCGGCCGCCUUCAAGUUCUUCCUGUGUCCAGGUCUGAUUCCCUACGCACUGUUAGAAAGAGACAAGGCGCAUCUCAUAAACCUCAUCAUACCGCUCUUCUUCAUACUGGGUUCGUUGUCGGUAUUUAUACCCUGCGAAUACAACGAGAGGUUCAGAACGGUAUGGUAUCCGGCUAAAGAUGCAUUCUGGCUACUCGCACUUCCCCAGCUCUCAAUUUUUAUCCUGACUCUCAUGUCGAUUCACUCUCGCAAUCGCUUCGCAAAGUUGUUUAUAAACUCAAAGUGGAGGGUGAUGAUUGCUACAAUCGUUUUAAUCUACUGUUUCACAAUUAUGGACUCUCUAAGCUUCGUUGGAGUAUCCAACUAUGUUUACAAGGCGGGAGAUGAAGCGAGUUUGGGCGUCAUUACUCUCCAAAACAUUGUUGCGAUUACUUGCAUAUUUACUUAUGACAAACUAUCGGUAGGGUACAACGACACAAGAGUCAGUUUAGGAUAUCAUCUCCCUAAGUUCAGACCAAAUCAUAAAAUGAGCAAACAUAAUCUGGCUUGGUAUUUCAUUAGAAACACAUUCGGAAGAGCAGUUAAAGAUACAAUCAGUGACCUGAGAAUGGACAUAGAAAAAUAUUUGUAA